GGCGAGGCUACGCGGCCGGGGCGGACCGGGUGGACCUGCAGCGGCUCGCUCAGGCCGUGCGUUGUCGCUGCAGCUACCGGGAAGAAGGGCGCAACAGUUCGUGACAGAGCUGGCAGAGCAGGGAGGCAGGGGAAGGGUGUGCGAGGAGGGCCGUGGCCACGUUUGGCGUUGGGGACAAGGCCCUCGAAACUUGUUCCUUCCUCGAGUUGGUGACAGAUUCUGGACACUCCGGCGUCUUCAUUCUCGGCUUUCUCUGGGCCCUUGUCAGUUGAUUCGUAGCUUGAAAUGCACGGUCAUGGAGGCUAUGACUCUGACUUCAGCGAUGAUGAGCACUGCGGAGAAUCUAGCAAAAGGAAAAGAAGGACAGUCGAAGAUGAUUUACUGCUCAAAAAGCCAUUUCAGAAAGAAAAACAUGGAAAGGUGCCCCAUAAACAGGAUGCAGCAGACUUGCUGGAUAGGGAAGAAGCAAGAAAUAGAAGGUUUCAUCUCAUAGCAAUGGAUGCUUAUCAAAGGCAUGCAAAGUUGGUAAAUGACUAUAUUUUAUACUAUGGUGGCAAAAAAGAAGACUUCAGGCGUCUGGGGGAAAAUGACAAGACAGACUUGGAUGUCAUACGAGAAAAUCAUCGGUUCUUAUGGAACGAGGAGGAUGAAACAGACAUGACUUGGGAGAAGAGACUUGCCAAAAAAUACUAUGAUAAAUUAUUCAAGGAAUACUGUAUAGCAGAUCUCAGUAGAUACAAAGAAAAUAAGUUUGGAUUUAGGUGGCGAAUAGAAAAAGAAGUAAUUUCAGGAAAAGGUCAAUUUUUCUGUGGAAAUAAGUGUUGUGAUGAAAAAGAAGGCUUAAAAAGUUGGGAAGUUAAUUUUGGUUAUAUUGAGCAUGGCGAAAAGAGAAAUGCACUUGUUAAAUUAAGGUUAUGCCAAGAAUGUUCCUUUAAAUUGAAUUUUCAUCACAGGAGAAAAGAAAUCAAGUCCAAAAAAAGAAAGGAUAAAACCACAAAAGAUUGUGAAAAGUCAUCAUAUAAAAAGUCCAAGUUAUCUUCUGCAGAAGAGGCCACCAAGAAAAAUGAUAAAGGGCAUCCAUCUUCAAAGAAAUCAGAAGAUUCUGUAAAUAGAAACUCUGAGGAUGAAGAAAGUGCUUCAGAAUCUGAACUUUGGAAAGGUCCACUCCCAGAAACAGAUGAAAAAUCACAGGAAGAAGAAUUUGAUGAGUAUUUUCAGGAUUUGUUUCUGUGAGACGGAAGAGAGGAGCCUAUAUUCCUUAGUGUGAGAGUACGUUUUGAAACUUCAUAAAGUUUUAUAUGCAAGUUACAACUUCAGUGGUUUGUCUUUGGGAAUAAAAAUGGAGCUAUUCUCAGGA